AUGGUGAAUAGCCAUAGAGACGCAUUCUUCAAGAAUCCAUCAGAGUUUAUACAAUCCAUCUACGACAAACACGGGGCUGAGGGUAUUGAGGAGAGGAUAAAGGAUGAGUUCCACAGCCUUGUUCUUCUCCCCGGCGAUAUGGACUCUAUUGCACGCUUAGACGAACCAUCUAGCGAUAAUCACUACAACACUCUCGUCAGAUGGACUGCUAUGGUCCAGGAUACUGGCUACGGCACUGAGAUGUACCUGUCGACAUCAGCCACCAACAAAUGUCUUGUCUACGGCGCAAAUGAGGAUGAGGAAGUGCAAUACGUAAACGAUUCUGAUGCUCUAUCGCGGAUACGCGAACGUACGAAUGUCUACGCUGUCGAAAUUCCCGGUGACAAUCGCAGUCGUAGUCGCAGUCAAAGACGCGACCUGCCAACAGGACCAAAGCACAAGUUCCCUUUGGAUGGCGUCGACGACUCUCUAGGGGUGCUAUUGAAGAUAUACGACAAUGAUCUCGCCAGCUCACUGCGUCCAGCCACCAACUACGAAUUUGUCGGCAUCCUCGGCAAAUCCGCCCUUCCACGGACACUCGACUCUAUCGAGGAUGACGGUGCGCAGGAGUAUAUUGUACCGUCUCUACACGUCGUAUACGCGCAACCGUGCUUCAAUAAGCAGACCAAAAGGGUUGAAAACAGGGGUGUUUGUGAGAGUCUACUGAAUUGGCUCAAAGAUGAGGUGUUCGACGGUGAUGAACUUGCCGCUUACUACCUCCUGCUCGCUCUGGUGUCUCAGACGCAGAACCGCAAGGCUGGCUCACCAAUUGGAACAUUACCCAUAACGCUUUCGUAUCCCGAGAGUGAAAGCCACAGCAACGCCAGCAAGGCACCGCCCAAGAUCCUCAAAGCUGUUCAAAUACUAUCUAACCUUUCAGCACACAUCCCACUUUCUAUCGAGAACCUCAACAGUCGCCGUCUGUAUCCUUUCUCAAAUGGGGAUGACCUCCACAGUGGAAGUCUUCAACUCUCACCCUCCACAGUGCUAAUUCUCGACGAAAGAUUCUUGGGCCAAGGUACACUGCAAGAUACCGGAGUUCGGAAUGUCCAUUCUAUACAGAACGUGAUCCAGUCGCAGAAAUUGGAAUAUGGUUUCCCCUUCUCGUCUUUUGCAUUUGAUACUGAUCUCAUAGGCGUAGUGUUGACAGACCACUCCAAGUCUAUUAUACCAGGCACAGUGCAUAUUAAGCUGCGCGGCACACCUGAGCAGCUGUGUGGAGAGUUGGCUAUACCGGACGAUGCAGAGUUGUGGAGGGAGUUCAUCCUCCAAUCGAGAUGCAAGAGUGUUGCCAUUCCUGACAACAUAUCCAACCUCAUCCAGCAGUCUUUCGUCGAUGAGCGACAAACUCACAAACAGGCUGGUCUUUCCGGAGAAGGUACAUCUUCAGAUGACUUGGGCAGGAGGAUCACCAUGGCCAGAUUGCUCACGUCGCUCGAUGAUUUCGAUAAGAGUGACAUGAACGAGCGUCAUUGGGGGUUGAUUACAAGGCUAGAAAAAGAUAGAGAAUCUAGAGGUGUUUGA